ACGGCCACACCAACUCUGCUUUGAGCCCAAUCUUUUCGCCUCGUCUCACUCCUUCCCCGCUAUAUAAGCACCGGGCCUGCUCGGCAUCUCCGGCCAAACCAGACCAGCAGCGGCGGGAGCCAUCAGAGCAAAGCAGACAAUCGCAGCAGUGGAGUAGGGCGGGCACCAUGAUGAUGGCCCGGGUUUCCUCCGCCCUGUUUCUUGCGAUGGUGGCGCUUGUCCUCGCGGUGCCGGCGCUUGCCGGCGACCCGGACUACCUCCAGGACAUCUGCGUCGCCGACCUCAAAUCAGACCUCAAGGUGAACGGGUUCCCGUGCAAGGCGAACGCGACGGCGGACGACUUCUUCACCGGGGUCCUCGCCAAGCCCGGCGCCACCAACACCACGGCCGGCUCCGUCGUCACCGGCGCCAACGUGGAGAAGGUCCCGGGCCUCAACACCCUCGGCGUCUCACUCUCGCGCAUCGACUACGCCCCCGGCGGGCUCAACCCGCCGCACACCCACCCGCGCGCCACCGAGGUCGUCUUCGUCCUCUAUGGCGAGCUCGACGUCGGCUUCAUCACCACCGCGAACAAGCUCUUCGCCAAGACCAUCUCCCAGGGCGACGUCUUCGCCUUCCCGCGCGGCCUCGUGCACUUCCAGAAGAACAAUGGUGACAAGCCCGCCGCCGUCAUCUCCGCCUUCAACAGCCAGCUCCCCGGCACGCAGUCCCUCGCCAUGACGCUCUUCGGGGCCUCCCCGGAGGUACCCGACGACGUGCUCGCCAAGGCAUUUCAGAUUGACACUGUGGAGGUUGACAAGAUCAAGGCCAAGUUUGCCCCGAAGAAGUGAAGGGCCGGAGCACGAAUAAGAUUCAGACUUUUGUAAAAUACGUACAUGUCUCGGUGGUUUAUUUAUUGAUUUGUUGGUCUUCCAAUAACUGCGUUAAGCAUGUCAUACUAAUGCAGUCGUUUCGUGCAUUCUUGCCGAUCCGACUGGCUACCUGUGUAAGUGGCCUCAAGAACCAGAAAUUUGUACUGCUAAGUUGGACUGU